AUGAAAAUGGUUCUCAAAGAUUCAUUCGGAAGGUGGAAAGAAAAUGUAUUUGUAUCUAAGUCGCCAAACGCAUGCCCAACGUUAAAACAAUUAAUGGGAAACAUAUGGACUGCAUUCAAGCAUGGUUCCGGAUUUAAAAAUGUUGACUGUCCUAUACCUCCGGGAUUUUAUACAGCUAAUGGUGUGGAUACGUCAAUUUUUAAAAGCAAUAAUAAUUUCCCAAAAUCAUUUUUUUAUGGAACAUACAAAUUUCAUAUGUAUUUUUCAAAAAGUGAUGAAAUUUUUGGCUGCCAAGUUUUCAUUAUGGAUUUUAAACGUCUUUGA